GGGGUCCCGGUCAACACCGUACCUGUCCGUGUGUGGCACGUGACAGCGUGCACGGGAGGGAGCGAGAACGAGCUCGACCUGUUGGAGAGAGAGAGAGAGAGAGAGAGAGAGAGAGAGAGAGAGAGAGAGAGAGAGAGAGAGAGAGAGAGAGAGAGGGAAGGAGGGAGGGAGUGAGAGGGAGACGGGGGUCGGAUAAAGAGCUCUCUCUGCCGGUGUGGUCGACCGAGAUGGAGCGGCUGUGCGGACCGGAGCUCCCGUUCUGGGUGUCCAAUGAGACGCUCCACAGCGAUCAGCCUGACCUCCCACUGUGUUUCCAGCUGACCGUGCUGUCAUGGCUGCCGUGCAUCUUCCUGUGGGCGGUCAGCCCCGUCUAUAUCUUCUAUCUGAAGAGGAACAACAGAGGCUACAUCAUGAUGUCCUACAUAAACAGGUUCAAAACGGCGUUUGGCCUCCUGCUUUGGGUCGUCUGCUGGGCCGACCUCUUCUACACAUUCCACGAGCUGCGGCACGGCCACACCCAGCCGCCCAUCUUCUUCAUCACCCCGCUGGUGCUCGGCAUGACCAUGCUGCUGGCCACGUUUCUGAUCCAGUUCGAGAGGUUACGCGGGGUGCAGUCCUCAGGGGUCCUCUUCAUCUUCUGGUUCCUGUCUGUCCUGUGUGCCAUCGUGCCUUUCCGCUCCAAGAUCCUGCAGGCGUCAAGCCAGGACGAAGUCACAGACACGCUGCGGCUGGCCACCUUCUACACGUACUUCGCCCUGGUGGUCUGCGAGCUGAUCCUCUGCUGCUUCAAUGAGAAACCGCCUCUUUUCUCCAGCGUGGUCACCGACCCGAAUCCCUGCCCCGAGGAAACGGCGGGUUUUCUCUCCACCGUGACGUUCUGGUGGUUCACCAGGAUGGCCAUUAAAGGCUACAAGCAGCCGCUGGAGGCCAAAGACCUGUGGUCGCUGAACCUGCGCGACAGCUCCAAGGUGAUGGUGCCCAAGCUGCUGCGGGAGUGGGAGAAGGAGCUGGCCAAAGCCAAGGCCAAGAGCGAGCAGAACCAGUCCAGCCAGGCGGCGUACACCAAACCGCCGCCGUCCACCACCAACCACGUCUCCGGAGGAGGCGGUGGCGGCGAGAGCAGUCCGGAGGAAGUGGAGGUGUUGCUGGCCAAUCAGAGGGCCGCCCCCCGCCAGCCGUCCUUCCUGCGCGCCCUGCUCAAAACUUUCGGGCCGUACUUUCUGAUCGGCUCGGCCUUCAAGGUCCUGCAGGACAUCGUCACCUUCAUCAACCCCCAGCUGCUCAGGAUGCUGAUCUCCUUCACCAACCAGAAGGGCGUUCCGGACUGGUGGGGCUACACUCUGGCCUUCCUCAUGUUCUUCACCGCCCUGCUGCAGACCAUCAUCCUCCACCACCACUUCCAGUAUUGUUUCGUCACCGGCAUGAAUGUUCGCACGGCGGUCAUCGGCGCCAUCUACAGGAAGGCCCUGGUGAUCACCAACGCCGCCAAGCGCUCGUCCACCGUGGGGGAAGUGGUCAACCUGAUGUCGGUGGACGCUCAGAGGUUCAUGGACCUCACCACCUUCCUCAACAUGCUGUGGUCGGCCCCGCUCCAGAUCGUACUGGCGCUGUAUUUCCUCUGGCAGAACCUGGGCCCGUCCGUGCUGGCCGGAGUGGCCGUCAUGGUCAUGUUGAUCCCGUUCAACGCCGUCAUCGCCAUGAAGACUCGAGCUUUCCAGGUGGAGCAGAUGCAGCACAAAGACGCUCGCAUCAAGCUGAUGAACGAGAUCCUGAACGGCAUCAAAGUGCUGAAGCUGUACGCCUGGGAGGACUCCUUCAGGGAGAAGGUCCUGGCCAUCCGGCAGAAGGAGCUCAACGUGCUGCGGAAGACGGCGUACCUGGGAGCGCUGUCCACCAUGGCCUGGACCAGCGCGCCCUUCCUGGUCGCCUUGACGUCGUUCGCCGUGUACGUGACGGUGGACGAGAACAACGUCCUGGACGCCGAGAAGGCCUUCGUGUCGCUGUCGCUCUUCAACAUCCUGAGGUUCCCGCUCAACAUGCUGCCUCAGGUCAUCAGCAGCAUAGUGCAGGCCAGCGUCUCUCUGAAGCGAAUCCAGAGCUUCCUGAGUCACGACGAGCUCGAUCCGGAUUCAGUCGACCGCAAGAACACAGCCGCAGAUUUUUCAGUGACGGUGGUCAAUGGGAAAUUCACCUGGGCCAAAGAGGAUCCUCCAGUUUUGCACAGCAUCAACGUCAUGGUGCCUCAAGGCUCCCUGCUGGCCGUGGUCGGACACGUCGGCUGCGGGAAGUCCUCGCUCAUCUCCGCUCUGCUGGGAGAAAUGGAGAAACUGGAGGGAGAAAUUUCGAUUCAGGGUUCCGUGGCUUACGUUCCCCAGCAGGCCUGGAUCCAGAACGCCACCCUGCGUGACAACAUCCUGUUCGGAAAGCCGUACGACGAGCAGAAGUACUGCUGUGUCCUGGACGCCUGCGCUCUGACCCCCGACCUCCAGGUGCUGCCCGGCGGAGACAUGACGGAGAUCGGAGAGAAGGGCAUCAACCUGUCGGGGGGGCAGAGGCAGAGGGUGAGCCUGGCUCGGGCUCUGUACAGCGACGCCGACGUCUACCUGCUGGACGACCCGCUGUCCGCCGUGGACGCACACGUCGCCAAACACAUCUUCGACAACCUGAUCGGUCCGGAGGGCGUCCUGAAGGGCAAGACUCGCAUCCUGGUGACGCACGGCAUCAGCUUCCUGCCCCAGGUGGACAACAUCGUGGUGAUGGUGGACGGCCGGGUGUCGGAGAUGGGCUCCUACCAGGAGCUGCUGCAGCAGAACGGCGCCUUCGCCGAGUUCCUGCGGACGUACGCCCUGGAGGACCUGGUGGAGGAGGACGAGGCCACCGAGGAGCUGAUCGACGACGAAAACCUGUUCCCCGACGACGCCCUGAGCAACCACACAGACAUGGUGGACAACGAGCCGGUCAUCAACGAAGCCAAGAGGAACUUCAUGAGGCAGAUCAGCAUCAUUUCCAGCGAUAGCGACAACCUCCGACCUCGAUCGGUGAGGAGACACGGCUGCAGCCAGCGGAAAGCCGCCGAGUCGCAGGACAAGAAGAAACCGCCGGAGAUGGAAAAGCUGAUCCAGGCCGAGGCGGCGGAGACGGGCCGGGUGAAAACCAAGGUGUACCUGGAGUACGCCAGGGCGGUGGGGCCGGUGCUGUCCGUGCUCAUCUGCUUCCUGUACGGCUGCCAGAGCGCCGCCUCCAUCGGGGCCAACAUCUGGCUCACCCAGUGGACCAACGACGCCGCCACCAACCAGACCAAGGAGCACGUGCACAUGAGGGUGGGGGUGUACGCGGCGCUGGGCAUCGCACAGGGUGUGCUGUUGUUGGUUAACUGCCUGCUGUGCCGGGCCUUCAGCAUGUUGCGGGCGGCCAAGCUCACACACCGCAACAUGCUCCAGGGGGUCCUGCGGGCGCCGCAGGCCUUCUUCGAGAGCACCCCCACUGGGCGGUUACUGAACCGCUUCAGCAAGGACGUGGAUGCUAUAGACUCCCACAUCCCAGACAAUAUUGACAUAUGGAUGCGCACUUUCUGGUACACACUGACUGUGCUGCUCAUAUGCUCUGCCCUCACCCCAAUGUUCCUCUUAGUCAUAGCCCCGUUAAUGGUGUUCUAUUGCUGGGUUCAGAGAUUUUACGUUGCCACGUCUCGGCAGCUAAAGCGCCUGGAGUCGGUCAGCCGCUCUCCCAUUUACUCCCAUUUCUCCGAGACCAUCACGGGCUGUAGUGUAAUCCGAGCCUACGGCAGGCACUCUGCCUUUGUCCUGAUGAGUGAUUUCAGAGUGGAUGAGAACCAAAAGAGUUAUUACCCUGGUAUAGUGUCCAACAGGUGGCUCGGAGUGCGCAUUGAGUUCAUCGGGAACUGCAUCGUGUUGUUCGCGGCUCUGUUCGCCGUUACCGGGAAGGACAGCCUGAACCCGGGCCUCGUGGGUCUGUCAGUGUCCUACGCUCUGCAGGUGACCAUGUCUCUGAACUGGAUGGUGCGGAUGACUUCAGACCUGGAAACCAACAUCGUGGCCGUGGAGCGAGUGAAGGAAUACUCCGAGACCACCACAGAGGCCCCCUGGGAGGUGGAGGACAAGAAGCCCCCUCCAGAAUGGCCCACAGCGGGGAACGUGGAGUUCAACGACUACUCGGUUCGGUACCGGGAGGGACUGGACCUGGUCCUGAAGGGCCUCACGCUGAGCGUGAAGGGGGGAGAGAAGAUCGGCAUCGUGGGCCGAACGGGGGCCGGGAAGUCCUCCAUGACGCUGUCCCUCUUCAGGCUGCUGGAGGCGGCGGCCGGGGAGAUCACCAUCGACCAGGUGAAGAUAGCGGAGAUCGGCCUGCACGACCUGAGGUCCAAACUCACCAUCAUUCCACAGGAGCCCGUGCUGUUCUCCGGCACUCUGAGGAUGAACCUGGACCCGUUCGAUCGGUACAGUGACGAGGAGGUCUGGAAGGCGCUGGAACAUUCUCACCUGCACCGCUUCGUCAGCAACCAGCCGUCCAAGCUGGAGCUGGAGUGUUCGGAGGGAGGAGAAAACCUCAGCGUGGGCCAGAGGCAGCUGGUGUGUCUGGCCCGAGCCCUGCUGAGGAAGACCAGGAUCCUCAUCCUGGACGAAGCCACGGCCGCCAUCGACCUGGAGACCGACGACCUCAUCCAGUCCACCAUCCGGACGCAGUUUGAGGACUGCACCGUCUUCACCAUCGCACACAGGCUCAACACCAUCAUGGAUUACACGAGAGUGCUGGUUCUGGACAAGGGACAGAUAGCGGAGUUUGACACGCCCUCCAACCUCAUAGCGCAGAGGGGAAUCUUCUACGGCAUGGCGAAAGACGCCGGGCUGGCGCAGUAGGACCGCCGUCGCGCCGCCGGACCUGCCGGGUCGGGCCCUCAGGGCCCUCCACGCUCGGGGCUCUCGCUGCAGACCCGGGUCGCGCUCGUCGGAAGCGACGUGAGGACGUUGAAGACGAGAGAAGCUUCCGGCGAGGCUCCCGCCGCCCGGCCGUGUGGUUUCUCAUAGGAAACAAAACAAAACAAAAAAAAAAAGCCAUAUUAUGUGCAAACGCUACUCGUUCCAAGUCUCGUUAGUGCCUUCUGCCAGUGGGAUAGAGAAAGCCAGUGAAUGUAUCUUUUUCCAAUCGACUGCUGCAAAAAAAAAAAGAAACAAACAAAAGGAGGAACUUUUUUUAUUGUAUUUUUUCUACAAAGACAAAUACUGUGCCACUGUACCUUCCUCGUAAGAAAAAAAACUACAUCUUUGUGAUAAACCCACCUAUUUUUGUAUUGUACAUUUAUUUAAGCUACUUUUUUGAAGAACUGUCUUACUUAGGGAAACGUGAUUCUUCUGUGAACCAAAUCUAUAAAAACUUGAAUUCUGUACCACCAAACUAUGACAUAUGAAAUGCCUUUAUUAAAAAAGACAGAACAAUG